AUGGGCCGUCUGGGUUUCAAUCUUGUACGUCAUAAGGAUCCGAUCAAGACUGUCGAAGACGGACCUCCUUCUACUCAACAAAAUGAAAAGAACGAAAGCGCGGAACUCAACGAGCUCGUGAUUGCCGUCGGCAACGAGCGAAGGAGGUACAGGAAAAACUUACCUGGACUUAUAGUUUUUAUAACUAUGAUUAUAUUUUACUCUGCUUAUAUAGCUAUAAGGCUGAGACCAUUCCAGCAAGGUUCAGCAUUUGACUCAAAUACAAAUGAUUCGAAAUUAACAGACCUUCCACAAAUGCAAUUAUUACAAGACCAAAAAGAUGAAACAACUAAAUGUUGGCAGCAACUAAGCGAAUAUGUUGCACUAGUAAAAUGGCAUGAUGAUCUAAAACAUGAAAUAGCAUGGCAAGUGAGUGAUGGGAAAAAUGAAACUGAACAGUUGACUGCAACUAAUGAGCACUUGCAAGCUCUAAGAGCACGCUACAUGUCACUAGAAACCGAGUCGCAAAGGAACGAGAAAAUACUCCGGGCGGAACUGAAAAAAUUACGCGAGGAUCGUGAAGAACUGCGAAAGAAGGUUGCAAAAGGCGAAGAAAUGGUGAUGAAGUUGACGAACAGUGAGCUUGAAUCGAGCCAUGAAACAACCACCAAGCCUACUCUCAGUCUCUUUAAUUCCGCUCCCUUCAAAAAAAUGAAUGACAUUGUCAAACGUAUCGAAACUGUAGGUCGAAUUUUCGGCAACGUGAUUAAAGAUGGGAUUUAA